AUGGAAAUUCCUGCCAUGCCAAAGAAUGACAUUUUGACAGCAAUUGAUAAUGACCAGGUUCUGUUAAAGAAGUGGACUGUUCGUAAGGAUAACCAUAGCCAGAUGAGCAUCUUGACAAGUGGGUGUUGUGCAGAAGUUGGCUCAGGUGAUGCAGAUUUGCAAACGGAUGAGAAGCUUGAACCAAGGUAAUGAAAACACUUUGUGAAGCAUUUCUUUGAUAUUAUUACCUACUGCCCUUGACCAUGCCUUGGGCUUUGGAAUUUCUACUGUUUUGAAAAUGUCACUGCCAAUUCUCCAAAUUCUGGCAAUUUCCAGUUCAGCGGGGAUGGGAGUAGGCCAGCAGUUGAACUCCUUAUAUGUGCAUGUUCACAUGUACAGUUUUCUUGUACACUGUAUGUGUACAUGUAUAGUUGUGGUUCAAUGUUAUCCUGGUCUGGAUUUUAAUUUUUCUUUGUUUUAUUUAUUUAUUUAUUUUUUUGAUAUGUGAUAAUGAGAUUGUAACAAAGGAAAGUAAAAUUUAAACCAAGGACAAAAAGAAUCAACAAGAAAAUGGGGGCAGAGUAACUGUGUGCCUGUGACUGCCCUUUAAAGCUUUAAUACUAUAUGUUCUACAUGACGCUAACUUUGUAUUUUACAUUUGUAUACAGUAUGUGUUUUUAGAAGUGCUGUAGUUUUAAGUCAUUUUUGAAGACGUGACGUUAACAUUUGUAAUUUACAGAAAAUGGUGCAACAGACUGGCAGGGGCAAAGGUUAACUCUCCUGAGAGACAACGACUUAUUGACGAUUACUCUGCAACAGCUGAUGAUGUCCUAAUAUUGCAAAAAAAAGGGAAUCAUGAAGGGCUUUAUUAA